AUAUUUGUCUUGUUUACAAUAUGCUGCUUUUAGCAUGACGUUCAGGUUGUUCUGCUGUCUCCUCUACAACACAACAGCCAUCCUUCCUUCUCUCCUUAUGUUACUUCACAACAUCUGAUAGGAGCAACUAUGAGUUUAAUCCUGAUUUACAGCACUGUUUGAAGUGCUUCAGUCUAAUUGAACCGAUAAUCUGUAGUCAGGUCAUUCAACACAGUCCAAGGUGACAGUAAAUGGAAUUAUAUUUUAUUUAGGUGAUGACUUUCAGUAUUUUGGUGAUUUACUGAAGUCCAAUUCCUCCUCCAGACAGACUUAUCUUUUUCUCUCUUCACCCUCACACCUGAUUUUGUCUUCAUUCCAAUGCUUCCUGUUUACUGCUUGGUUGCUAACCACUGACAUCAUAGUCUCCACCUCUCCCAAUCAAUCUCUCAGAGAGAGAGAGACACACACACAUUCAUAGGCUGAACAGCAGUAUUAGAAAGAUAAGGAGUGUCUGUGGCAGUCAGGCAGCAUGCACAGGUUUUCUACAACUCAAAGCACAUAAGCAUCCCAGCCUAAUGCUGGGAGACUGAGUUCUGCUGUGUGUGAGAUAGGCUCCUUACUCUCGGUGAUCCUUGCCCAAUUCAAGAUUCAGGGUGGCUUCUAUUUCUUCAUUUUGCUGCCUACUGUGUCAAAAAGGGUUGCAUGCAUGACAGUCCGAAAAGGAGAAAAAAUGGCCAUAAGUAUUCAAGAGCAUAUGGCUAUUGAUGUCUGCCCAGGACCUAUUAAACCUAUUAAACAAAUCUCUGAUUACUUCCCCCGUUUUCCUCGUGGUCUUCCAGCAGCUGUGAACCGCAACUCUGUGCAUUCCACUGUCAGCCAGCCCUCUAUCACCCAGUCAGAGGCUACAGAGGAGGACGAUGUGGACAAAUUAUUUGGGGCAUAUGGAGCUGCAUCUGCUGCACCUACCAAACAUGAAGAGGACACCGAGGCUGAAGGCUAUGAAUCCGAUGACUCCACCACCCUGGGUACAUUAGAUUUCAGUUUGCUGUACGACCAGGAAAACAAUGCUCUCCAUUGCUCAAUAAAUAAAGCAAAGGUACCAAAGCUUUGGCACAAGAAGGGUCUUAAGCCAAUGGACCACAAUGGACUGGCUGAUCCAUAUGUCAAAUUACAUUUACUCCCUGGAGCCAGUAAGGCCAACAAACUAAGGACAAAGACUUUACGGAAUACUUUGAAUCCAAUUUGGAAUGAGACUCUCACUUACUACGGGAUCACUGAUGAGGACAUGGUACGGAAGACAUUAAGAAUUUCGGUAUGCGAUGAAGAUAAAUUCCGUCAUAAUGAGUUCAUUGGUGAAACAAGAAUUCCACUGAAAAGAUUAAAGCCAAAUCAAACAAAGACCUUCAACAUUUGCCUGGAGAAACAGCUUCCAAUAGACAAAACAGAGGACAAGUCACUGGAGGAGCGUGGUCGGAUUCUCAUCUCUUUAAAGUACAGCUCACAGAAAACAGGGCUUGUAGUUGGAAUUGCAAGAUGUGCACAUUUAGCAGCUAUGGAUGCAAAUGGAUACUCUGAUCCUUACGUAAAAAUCUAUUUGAAGCCAGAUGUGGACAAGAAGUCAAAACAUAAGACAGCUGUGAAAAAGAAAACACUUAAUCCAGAAUUUAAUGAGGAAUUUUGCUACGAAAUCAAGCAAGCAGAUUUGGCAAAAAAAACUCUGGAAGUAACAGUUUGGGAUUAUGAUAUUGGAAAAUCGAAUGACUUCAUUGGUGGAGUCACGCUUGGAAUUAAUGCAAAAGGUGAACGUUUAAAACAUUGGUUUGAUUGUCUGAAGAGCAAAGACAAGAAAAUAGAGCGCUGGCACACGUUGACCAAUGAACUGCCAGGAUCUAUUCUCAGUGAUUGAUGCCACGUGUCCGUUGAGAACCUUGCUUUGCAACUCAGCACGUGACAAGUGAGCUUCUCCAAGAGCACGCAUAAAGACCUGUCACAGAUAGGUUGGGCCUCUUGCACUUUUUGUUUCAGAACCAACACUCUCUAGGCCUCUUCACAGAUACCUAACUUUGCCUGGUAAUCUUAUGGCUUACAUAUUGGCUUCUGUAAAUGUUUACAUGCAUUUGUGUAUCUGAGCAUUUGGGAUAAAUAUCAGAGCUGUACCUUUGAAUGACUUUUUAUAAUUGGUGUAACAACAAGAAUUAUCGAUUUUUGAUGAUUGAUACUUUCAGUGACCCAGACCAAGCAAAUUAUUAACUGUUUUAGGAUGUUUAACUUUUAUUGCUACAAAUGUAAACAUGUCUCUGAAAUAUUUAGUUAUAGCUCUGCCCUCUAUUGCAGAAAUAACCCUAUUCUAAAAUAGGUUGCACAAAGGAAUGGGUCCUGUUCUGUGUUUAGUAUUAUUUUGGAAAAAUAAAUUACUUUUGAUACAGAACUGGAGUACUAUGGACAUUGCAGUGGCCAAUUUUCCACAGGCUUUGAUUACUUUAUUUGAAGCUAAUGUAUUUUUAGAGAAGCCUGUCAAUAUUCCAGAAAUAAAUUGACAAGGUUAUAGCAAAGCUAAAGGUAGCACACGCAUAAUAAACGCUACAUGUUUCACAUUUUAAUUAUCUUCCUUUUAUCACGACAAUACAAACUGUUUCUCUUUUUAAAGGCCUAGAUUGAAAUCAAGCUGUGGGAGUGAUUAAUAUUCUAUUGUUCCUUAAUUCAGCUCUUCACGAUUAAUGGGUCACUUCCAUGAAUCUUUAAUGAGUAAAUGUAAAUCCACAAGACAGCCUUCAAUUAAUAUUUGUGGUAUCUCAAGUCCUUAGUUGAAUAUGUAGAAUCGAAAAAUGUCAGGGGGUAGAAAAGUAAUUAAUAGCUCGCCAUCUGAAAUAUAAUAGUUCACAUUUGCAGGACAAGGGUAAAAGGAGUGAGAUGUAUGAGAUAGCUUUUUCCAAGAGCUGGAGCAGGCACGAAUUGCGGCCUACACAUUCAUUUGGAAGCACAAUUUAUUUUUAGUGGAGAUUUUAGACAUUUCCAAAAAAUAUUGAUCUCAAUGUAUAAUUUUCUGACAUUUUGGCAUUAUACUCUGUUCUGUCUUCCAGACUCAAAUUAAUUACAAUUAAGGAUUACCAAUUAUUUAGUAAGAAAAUCAAAGUGGUUGUCAGAGGUUUAUAGCAAGCAGUAACUAACCCAAAUCCUUCAUGUUCAUUUGUGAACUGAAAUAAUUACAAAUAUUCUGUAUCCCCAAGACACUAAUACUUCUAUCCCUGCCCAACAUCUAGCACAGGAUGACAUUAACCACAUCAAUUGUGCACCUGCUGAUUUAAACAUUUGAAAUUUUAAAAAUGCUUUUAUUUUUAUCAACUCCAGAAGGCAAAAGUAUGUAUUGAUAUCAUUGAAGCAAAACCUUACAAGUGAACUCUAAUAACUAAUCACACCCAAAAGUGAACCUGUCUUUUUCCUCUUUUAGAACCUAAUUAAACUGCUGUGUCUUUCAAACACUUUUUGACAUUAUGUUCAUGGACGCUCCUAUUCCCAGAGGAAACAAUGCAAAUACCUGAAGGCCCACAAUGUUAUUACCUUGGUUCAAGCCUCCUUGUAAUCAUGUAUUUGUGUGAUCUAAUGAUAGAGGUGGGAAAAUAGCUGCCAAAACAGAAUUAUCGGAUUAUUACAAUGCAGAAAUCGGUCUAACCUCAUCAAAAAGUAGAAUGUUAUAGAUUCCAAAAAUCUGAAGUAAAAGCAUCAAAUACUGGAAGUACUCAGUAGCUUUGGCAACAUGGAAAAGGACACAAAGUUAUCAUUUCUGAUCAAUGGCUAUUCAUCGACAGUGGGAACAGUUAGAAAUGUAAUAAACUUUAAACAAAUGUGGGUGAAUCAUGUCUUUGUUGGGGUGAAAGACAGGAGAGAUUGAAUGACAGAAGGAUUGGUCUCUCAGAAUCAAUAGGAAUAGUCAUGGACCAGGAAAAAAGAAACAAAAUAAAGAAUGAUGCACCUAAUGCAGGUGUGCUGGUGUAUGCAAGCAAAACAUAUGAGUAAAAUCAAAUUGUGCAAAGAAAAGGAAGCAAACAGGGUGACGGAAUUUACAGUCUAAACUUGUUGAAUUCAUUGUUGAAUUGGGAAAGCUGGAAAAUGUCUCUUUGAAAGGUGGGGUAAUUGUUCCUCAAACUCAUAUUGAGCUUUAGUGGAACUGUGCAGCAGACUAGGGGCAGAGAGCAAGAUGGGGAAUUAAAAUGAUGGGCCAUAGGAAGGGUCAUGCGUGUGGGCUGAGCACAGAUGGUUGGUUUCCAAAAUGUUGGGGACCGUUCAAGGGCAAACUGCAAACAUGGUAAACUGGAAAUUCAUGUAAGCACUUCUUCACCUGGAAGGAAUAUUUGGAGCCUUGGACAGUGAGGAAGGAGAAGGUAAUGGGUAGGUGUUGCAUUGUGGAAAGCUUCCAUGCGAAAGGGACAGAGUGUUGAGUUGAUUGAUGAAUGGCGCAGGCUAUCACAGAUGGAAUGAUGCCUUGUGAAGAUGAUACUUAAUAUGACCAUUAAUUAUCAUCACUCCUUUGGAAUUUAUCAUUCCCACCAUUAGCAGGAUCUCUUACCCAUCAAACAAUGCACCUAGAGCAGUGUGUAUGAAUCAGCAUUACCAAGAGAAUGAAUUACUAUUAGCAGUUAGCUAAUUACAAUUACUAAUGAGUAGUGUAUGAUUUGUAUUAGCUAUUGACCAAUUUGAAACUGAGCGACACUAGUAUCUGAAAAUAAGCUCCACAUCCUUUGUAAUGGAUAAUAAAAAGUGGUCUUACAGGAAUGCAUGGAAAACAGAAUUAAAAUUACUAGCAAUCAAAUUUAAUCUCAGGAAAAUAAAACAAUGUAACUACAUUAAAGUGAUUUUUAAUAUAUUGGUUCAAACCCAAUCAAAAGAUUUUAACACAAGAUUUAAAAUAUUACUAGCAAAGACAAAACGUCAGGAAACCACAUCUAAAAGCUCUUGAGUUCUCACUCUGAUCUUCAUUAAUGAACAAGAAUGGGGGAGCAGAAAAAGUAUUUUCAAGAAUUCUUUCCAAAUACUUCAGAUGAAAUUUUCAAUAAAUCCAAUUGUCACUACAAUUUCAGGCUAAUAAAUUAAGUAUAUACAUUCUCAUAAAACCAUCUUUAACACAGUUUGUAGAAUGAAAACAAACCAAUUCAAUUUAAUUACUCAUUGCUUUUUUCCUCAUGGACUGUUAGUACAAAAACACAUUACUCUUUUUGAUGCUAUGAUAAUUCACUAUAAUACAAUUAAAUCUGAAAUGAAAAUUCAUGGCAUUGACCAAUUAAUGGAUCACAUUUUGUGCCUCUUUCAUUCCCUUAAGUAAAAAUCGCUAGAUUUACCUGCUGGGUUCUGGGUCCUGGUUCUUUUAUGAUGGUAAUUGAGCAUGAAAAUACAGCAGUUUGCCUGAUUCUAUUGUUAAAGUACUAUUGCCAUAUCAAAAUUAUUGGUCAGAAGGAAUGAUAAUCAGUUACAUUGAAUUUAAUUUCAGGAGAUUUCAGUUGAGUGCAUUGUUGUUUGUGCAGCAUUAAUAAUUAUUGCACUCUUUGUAUUAAAAUGUAUGGCUGUUUAAAAGUGCUAUGAUACAUACUGCUCAGUAUUUUAAGCUAAUUCAAUGUAUACAACAUAAAACAUCACAGAGUAUGACAUUUUUGACAUCUCAUUUAAAGAUCACAUCACAAAACCUUAAGUGUCAAAAAUGAUAUUUAAAUAUUUGGACUUUUAUAUACUACCUACUUGCGCAAUUGAUAACAAAAAAAACAUGUUGAAUGUGCAAAACCCACUUUGAAGAUGAAUUCUUUAUGCUUUUUAAGAAUCUGAAUUUUGUAUGGAUUUCAAUUAUUGUGCAUGAAGCUUGACUGGCUGCUAUUAUUGUACUAACUUGCAAUGCAACAAGCAACAAACAUUCCAAUCUGAAACAUUUUGUGGGUUAUUAAGACCAAUAACAUGUUUAGAGUAACGCUUACAACAUUACACUCUGCAUGAAGUGUUAAUUUCCUUAUGCCCUUAAAAUGUUUGGCAGUUGAUCAUAUUUUCUGUAAAUGAGCCUUGCACUACAGGUUAUUGUUCUAUAAUGCACAUUAUCUACUUUGUUGAUAACCAAUCAACCCUCCUUAAAGAGGAAGAGAUACAUGUUAUGCCAAAGGUUCAUUUUAACUUCCUCUAUUAUCUGUGACAUAUAGUUCCUUGAUUGUGUGCAGUUAUUCAGUUUAACCUUGUGUGGAACAAGUGACCAUGUAAUGGAGCAAAAAAGGACAAAGUUUUGCAUUUACUCUCUAUUGCCCAACAGUGUGUUAUAACUCUUUAAAGAAUCUUAACAUUAUUCCUGCAUAUUAAUUUUAUUUAGAAUGCUUAAUCAAUAAAGAAUACAGCUAUAUUUUCUUUUUAUUUUGCUUUCCAUGCUGAGUAGGAUUAUAGAACAGUAAAACCAAACAGAAUUUAUUGUACUUUAUAACAACAUUUGUACAAGACCAGAUCCUGGCAGAGUGAAGAGCAUGUUGAAACGUAAUCACUAUUGUCAGUGCAAGUUAACUUUUUGUAGUAGAAUUCAAGGGUUGACCACAAUUAAGUAGAUAUUUUCAGGCUUGGUCUAGAGGAAAAUGUAUUCAUCUAUUUUUUUAAAAACACAACAAAUGGACCAAAGAAUACAACAAAAGACCUUUGUGUUUUUUUAAGUUAAAUUUUGUUUUUACAAAUGUCUUUGUUUUUAUUGUCACCUUUGAAAUAAUCUCUGAAGUCUUAAUACUUUGAACUGAUAACAGCAACAGUUUAUAUUUUUGAGGUCCUGUGAAUGUAAUGAGAUAUUCUAAGGUGCUUCACUUAAAAAAAAAUGUAUUAAGGUUCCAAGGAAAAACCUUUUUGUUUAAAACCUAGUCUAAAGCAUUGUAAAUUUAAGGGAAAAACCUGCCAGGGCUCGACAGCAUCAUUUAAGUGUUGAAAUUAAAUACCAGUCCAGCAAAAUACACCAACAGUGGUCCCAUGUUCCACUCAUGGUAAAAUCUCUGACUAGAAAUUGAUCAAUUGAUUAAAAGUACAAAUAUUAAUUUGAUUUUUCACAUUUUCCUCUUUCUAGUUUGUCAGGUUUUUCAUGUAACUGUAUGGAAUGCAUGCAGAUAAAUAUCGUGAAUCACCUUUACAAUGGAUGUUUCUAAUCAUGUUUUAUUACGAUGUGGAGAAUGCGACGUCAACUUUGAAAGUAUCUUUUAUUGCUUCUCACAAUAACUGACUUUUGUAUCUCAGCCUGUCUAUAAAAAUUAAACUGUGAUAUUUGAACUUGAA